GAGAACCUACUUUGUCAGACACUCUUAAAUUUAUAUCUUAUUACAAAAUCUGGUAUCUGAUGAAUCUUAACUGAUGGUUUGACAACAAUUCAAAAGUAGAAUUAUCAAUGAUAGAUCAACCCAAUAUACAAGGACGUGAAAGUUUAACUUCAGAGGUGAAAUGAAUAUUCAGUAACUAGUCGUAAAAUCAACUCAAAAUUAUAGAAACAAAGAUCUGCAAUCAUGUUUAAAGUCAAAUAUAACUACAAAGCCUCCAUAGAUACAGCCAUUAACCUUUCUGUCGGAGAUAAGAUAUCGAAUGUUGAAGAUCUUGGUAAUGGUUGGUCAAUGGGACAUAAUGUGUCAAGUGGAAAAACAGGAACAUUUCCAACUAGUUAUAUUGCCAAAAACUUGACCUUCAAAGACAAGGUCAAAAGAAUGUCAAGGGUAAGGAAGACCACUGACCAACUAGAGAUAAUGUAUAAAGCCAUAUCUGCAUACCAAGCUGACACAGAUACAGAUAUCAACCUUUGCGUUGGAGAUACCAUAUCAAACGUUGAAGAUGUCGGUAAUGGUUGGUCAAUGGGACAUAAUAAGUCAAGUGGGAAAACAGGAACAUUUCCAACUAGUUAUAUUGCCAAAAACUUGACAUUAAAAGACAAGGUCAAAAGAAUGUCAAUGGCGAAGAAGGCGACUGAAACACUAGAAAUUAAGUUGAAAAACAAGAGUGAAGAUACAGAGACUUUGGUUCCUCGGAUCAAGGCCAAAAUUCCUGAUCAUGUCUUACAAAGAAGACUUACUCGUGUUCCUGAACAUUCUAAUAUUGUACAGAACAAAAUUUCUAAAAUUGUUCCAAAGCCAGUCAAAUCCUUUGUCAACAGCAGCCGUGGAGAUCACAGGAUCGUGAAAGGCAUCUUUGGGAUAUUUGGAGGUUUUAUUGCCUGUGGAAUCCUGUUUGUUCUCUUGAGAUACAGUAAUGAGUAUUCUCUACAAAUAUCUUGCUACAUAACAAUAGGAUUUUCCCUCCCUAUAUGUGCAGCAUUAGCCAUUUCUACACACAUGAGAUGUAUCUUUUUACUAAUGGUUCCCAACCUGUUCACUGGAAAAGGACGAGCUGUAUUCAUGUCCAUUAUAUUUGCCAUGUUACUUGCUGGUCCCGUAGUAAACAUUGUAUACAAUGCAGAGCAAGCAUCGCAAUCUAUGGCCUGCACCCAGGAACUGAUCUAUAACCAGACUUCCAUCCUCAGAGGUCAACUAGAAGAACCAAUUAGAUUAAUAGAAAGGAGAAUUUAUGAAGGCCUUGUCAAAAUGAGGAACAUUGCACAUUCCAUCAAAAAUGCUAUUGCACCAGUUACUAAUGCAGUAAAAGUUUUUGCCGAUGGUCUCAACACAGCUAAAAAUGCACUAAAAAAUGCAGCUAAGGAAUGUAGUAGAGGAGUGGAAAAAGCCCAGUUUGAAUGUGAGAGGGGAAUAAACUAUGCUAAAAAUAAGUGUGAAGAAGACCUGAGAAGGGCAGACCCUUCAAAUAAAGUCAUCAAAUUUGGUAAAGACGUAGCCAGAACUGGGGAAGACGUAGUGAGGAAAAUAGAAAGAACUGGGGAUAACAUUGUGAGGUCGCUAGGAAGGAUUUUUGGGAAAAAAAGGAAAAGAAGGAGGGCUAUGACAGAGGAAGAGAAAAAUGCAAUAGAGUUAGCUAAACAGCUGAUGGAACAAGAAACACCAUUACAAAGAUAUGGUGAUUACCUUAACUCUAACAAUGAUGAAACAAUAACCAAUAACACCAGACUGCAUAACCAACAUGCACUGAAAAGGUCAAGGAGAGGUUUUUUGCAUCAUUUAUGUAUUGUUCUAGACAUUGGGGCAGUUUGUAAAGUUGUCCAAGUAGGAACGUAUGUUGCCUGUACACCUCUAAAAUUCAUAGCGCAUAUCAUAGAAGUAGCUAAUAAUGAGAUAAAUUCCUUCUUAGAUGGGAUCACCUCCUUCUUCUCAUUCGAUUUUGAAGGAGGUUUUGAUGCCGAUGGGAAAAUCAAUUCCUCAAAAACAGCAGCACAAAUCAUUUCCCAAGUUAAAGCAGACAUACAGUCUAGAACUAAAUGGAUUCUAACAGUAUCUGGUAUAGUCAGUAACGUUCUUGUCAUCACUCUAUUGUUAUUAUUUCUUAAGUCAAUCUUCUAUCUUAAGAAGUUUCUCAGUAAGGAUCGUUAUGACAAUAUCUACAUUUCAAAGGCUUUUAAGACUUACGACCAGCAAUGCAAGGCACAGGGAAAACCAUCAGUUUUACCGCUGAAGAGAAAAGAAUGCAGAAACUACGCUGACACUCGGUCACCAUGGCUAUCAUCAAAAGAAAUAGAUCAUGCUAAAACUGGUAUUACUAAAAUUGGAAUUCAUAUCUUGAUAGCUACUGUUAUAAUUUUCUUUGACUAUGUUCUUUACUUUGUUUUAAAGCUUAUUGAUCGCUUUGGUAACCUGAAUAUAAAUAUCGGUGGCAACAGUUCCCUGAGUGUAUCUGUAGAGGGCAGUGGAUUUAUUUCAGCAUUUCUGAGAGCGUUCCUAGGCACUGUUGAAUUAGAUUCUGACUUUGGUGUUGAGUUUAACCUAACAACUUGUAUCCCAACUCCCAGUAAACCAGAUGAUGAUAAUAUUUACAAGUUUAGUUUCCUUUACUUCUUUGCAUUUGUGUUCCUUAUAAUGCAGGCUUAUGGUUUACGUUUACGAAGGAAAAUUGUCACAUUCUUCUAUCCAGAGCGAGAUAUUGAGAGGAUAAAAUAUCUUCAUGAGAAAAUACGACACCAGAGAAAAUCUCUGAUGAAUUGGUUGACCCAGCAUGUAAUAUCUAGAAACAAGCAAUUCCAUACGGAAAAUCGUAUAUCUUUCCGCGGAUGGAUGGAAUACCGAUGUCCAAUAUUUGCUAAUUGCUUUUGCCCUUGUCUUACAUAUAAGACAUGCAUUAGCUGUGAAAAUAAGGAUGGCGGUAAAAUUCGCUUCCAUCAAUGUGAUAAAUGUCAAUCUAAUUACUGUGAGGAAUGUUUUGGAGAUAUGAAUUACAUUUGUCUUGUUUGUAAAACUGAAACAAACAUAUCUAAACCUUAGUCUAAUACAUGUAUAUAGCAACAUUCUGUCAUGAAUGCAGAUCUUGAAGUGUAAAUAAUAAAUAUAAUUUUUAUAAACCUGUUAUAUUUUUUAACAAAAAAUGUACUUUGAAAAAUAAAAAUUUGUA